AUGUCUCGCCACAAGGACCAGCUGCUUAAAGACUUUGUAACCUUCACAAAGCCUGACAAACCGUUUAUCUACACCGAUAAGGGAACAGUGAAGCGGGCAGCAACUCUGGCUCUGUAUAACAACUACAUUGACAGAUUUUACAGUUCCUUAAGUGAUGACCCUGAUGAAAUGGAUGCUGUAUUCCCCAUUAACAUGGGGUCAACUGAUGCGAUCGAGAACGGAGUUCGUGAGAUCUUGGCAUCUUCAGUACAAGAAAUACAACAGGCUUCUGUGGACACAGAUCUAUUCGAGUUCGGCCUUGAUUCUCUUGGUGUUUUUGCGGCCAUCAAAAAAAUUCGAAUGGCGACUGGCUUGGGUGAAAGUAUUGCUCCCAGGCAUGUGUAUGCUAACCCUACAAUUGCUAGUCUGGCCACAACUAUUGCUCAGUUAGCUGAGGAAGCAAAGGCUUCCAGCAAGGCUGGUCCCUUGAGCCUGCCGAUGGACGAUGAAACAAUGAAACUAAGGAGAAUGAUUGCUCAGCACCAGUCAAGGCAAUCUUUUAAGCUGAAUGCAUUGGAUUAUGUCAACCCAAAUCAUAACAUGGGGCUUGUCUUUUAUUUCUCCCUCCGAGAUGGGGUCAGCUACGAGGAAGUGUUCAAAAAUUUGCAAGAGGGUCUCAAUCGCACAUUCGACUUGAUUCCAGCUCUGAGUGGCAAGAUUAUGUAUUGUUCAGAGCAGGAGAUUGGCUAUAAGAAGGGGGACCUUUGUGUGACGAUUCCUCCACUAUCCAUGGCAGCUUCCGCUGCCAAUCGUCUUGUAUACAAGGAUCUUUCGAGCAUUCUUCCUUCCUUCGAUAAGCUGCGACAGGCUGAUUUUGCCCCAUCACUCUUCAAGGAUAGCCUUGUUUUACGUGACGAUCCGAUCACUAAAAUACCCGCGGAUAUUUUUGCUGGACAAGUCAACUUUGUUGAAGGGGGCUGUAUUGUUGCUGUUGACUUGAACCACUGCUGUUUAGAUGGGCUUGGUGCUAUGAUUGCUCUGAAGGUCUGGGCUGAAAACUGUCGAUUCCUUCAGGGCGACAAAACUGCGACAUGUAGCUGGUAUGACUCAGAGAGCUUCAAUCACAGCCUGCCCGAGAUACUUCACGAACAAGAAGGAUGGACUCGUCCAGUUGACGAGGUUGACCCUGGAACCUGGGGUUUUCUACCAUUCUUUCCCCCAGAUGACAGUCCGACUAACCAUGAAUCUCCCCUCGGUCCUCGUCCCGUUUUCCCUCUACAUAAAAUGAAGCAGGAUGUGAUUGCAGACCCAGAAGCAAAGGGGUGUGAUUACCUCUAUCAGCGACAUAGUGCAGGCAUUCUUCUGGCGUACUGCCAUCAGAGCACGAUACCGCGUGGCCAAGGAGAUCCGAAGACAAACUUUUGGCCCGGAUGA